AUGCGAUCACGUUCAUCGUCACCCACACACUCACAAUCAACUAUACGCUCAGCUUCUCGUUCUCGUUCUCGCUCUCGUUCUUCCUCGCCGCCACCAGAUCGGUCUAAUAAUAAACGUAGAGCAGCCUCGAUUGAUGCCUCAUCCCCUCCACCACCACCUUCAAGAAGGAGCCGCAAAGACGAUGACAGAGACCGAUCUAGAGAUCGCUAUAGAGAUCGUUCUAGAGAUCGUCCUAGAAUCCGUUCUAGAGACCGCUCAAGAGACCGUUCUAGAGAUCGUUCUAGAGAUCGCUCUAGAGAUCGCUCUAGAGACCGUAGUGGCGCUGGAGCAGUACGUGAAAAUGGAGAGCGUAAGCGAAGUAAGCAUGAACACACUACCCCAUUCGUAAACGACUUUUCUGUAGCACGUCGUAUCGAGCGCCAAAGACAGAUGAUGGAAAGAGAGCCGGUAGUACCAAGACCUAAACAAGAUCCGGAAGCAGAGAUGAAAAAACUUUUGACAACUACCCGUACUGGAGGGGCAUAUAUUCCCCCGGCUCGACUUCGUAUGAUGCAGGAGCAAAUCACGGAUAAGAGUUCAAAAGAAUACCAGAGGAUAGCAUGGGAGGCAUUAAAGAAGAGCAUUAAUGGUCUGAUUAAUAAGGUGACAGCUUCCAAUAUCAAAGCAAUCUUGCCAGAAUUGUUUGGCGAAAACUUGGUUCGUGGGCGGGGCUUAUUCUGCAAGUCGAUUAUGAAAGCACAAGCUGCUUCCAUGCCCUUCACUCCAGUAUAUGCCGCUGUUGUGGCUGUCAUUAACACAAAGCUUCCACAGAUCGGAGAACUGUUAUUGACUCGUCUUAUCAUUCAGUUCAGGAAAGCAUACAAGAGAAAUGACAAGACAACCUGUCUUGCGACUACGACAUUCAUUGCGCAGUUGACUAACCAAUGGGUGGGACAUGUUCUCUUGGCGCUUGAAAUGUUGAUCUUAUUGUUGGGUCAGCCUACAGAUGACUCGAUUGAGAUUGCAGUCGGAUUUAUGAAGGAGGUUGGCUCUUUUCUUUCACAAGAAGCCUCUAAAGAAAAUGAAUAUGUCUUUGAGCGACUACGCACUAUAUUACACGAGGGUAAAAUCGAAAAACGUACGCAGUACAUGGUCGAAGUUCUUUUCCAGAUUCGCAAGGACAAAUAUAAGGAAAAUCCGCCAAUUGCCCCAGAGUUAGAUUUAGUCGACGACGAUGAACAAAUUACACAUACUCUCAGGCUAGAUGAGGAGGAUCUGGACCCUAUGGAAGGGCUCAAUGUUUUCAAGUAUGAUCCUGACUACUUGACAAAUGAAGAGAAAUAUACCCAGAUUAAAGCAGAAAUUCUGGGAGAGGAAGAGUCGGAUGAAGAAGGCUCUGAAGAAUCAGAUGAGGAUGAGGAUGAAGAAGAGGAGGAGAGUCGCGAAUCAUUACAGAAAAAAAUGGAAAUCCAGGAUAGGACUAAUACUAAUUUGGUGAAUCUUCGAAAGACAAUCUAUCUUACAAUUAAGAGUUCGCUCAAUUUUGAGGAGUGUUGUCACAAGUUGUUGUUGAUCAAGCUUGAGCCCGGACAACAGAUCGAACUCGCAAACAUGCUUAUCGAGUGUUGUUCGCAAGAGCGGACAUAUGAAAAGUUUUUUGGACUAGUGGGAGAACGUUUCUCAAAGAUUAACCGGGACUGGGCAGAGGCGUUUCAGGAAUGCUUUGUGACCAAUUAUGAAACGAUUCAUCGUCUGGAGACAAACCCGCUUCGCAAUGUGGCCAAGUACUUUGGUCAUCUCAUGUCUACAGAUGCCUUGUCUUGGAGUGUACUGUCUUCGAUUCACUUGAAUGAAGAGGAGACGACUAGCAGCUCACGUAUUUUUAUUAAGAUCUUGUUUCAGGAUUUAGUCGAGUCUCUAGGUCUGAAGAAGUUGGAUGAACGUGUUAAGGAUCCUCGGUUCGGAGAAUGGUUUGCAGGAUUGUUCCCCAAAGAUAACCCCAAGAACACGCGUUUUGCAAUCAAUUUUUUUACAUCAAUUGGUUUGGGAGCUCUGACAACAGACCUGAGAGAACAUUUGAAGGUAACAUAA